UUAGGCCUACAGUAUUAAAAUUGGACUCAUGUACUAGGAACAUCAUUUCUUUAGCAGAAUUAUCCCACUGAAUUAAAAGGAACUCUUUUUUCAGGUGCGCAUGAUGCAACUUCCUUGAUGAUGUGUAGGCUGUUUGUCAACAUGUGAAUCCAAUGUACAUUUCUGGGAGUUGUCUCCCCUUGAAAAGAUCAAUAAUGGCGGAUAAACAAUGCGGCAUGCAGUCUGGUCACCAACGGACAGUUUUGACACUGUAUACCUGUAUUUCUACCAAUUACCUCAGUAACCUUUGUUGUGAUCACACAGAUGAUGGACCACUCUACUCUCUUUUACAACAGGUGCCUCUACAGAUUCACAAAGUUCCAGUGUUGAGUUUCCAUGACCCCUAUUCAUCCAAGACAGGAAAAGGAAUAGAGUUGACAGGACUUCUUGCACUGUCCCUGGUAGCAGUUUAUGAGGGAACCAACCGCAGUAGACAUAGCACGCUUCAUCAAAGAUGCACCAGAUGCAGCGGCUUUGUCUCCAUCACUGGUGAAAUGGGAUAUAAGUGGCUGGUCAUCACUUUGUAACUCACCAACACAAUUAGCGACCCAUCUCUUCUCGUCUCCAGAGGAAUGGUUGCAGUGCAGUCUUCUUGUCUUUGGCAGGUCUGUUGCAUAUUGGCAGCUGACGCUGGUUCAAUAUUUGCACCAAGAAGCAUACCACGCAUACCCUCUGUUGUAAGACUGGUACCCAGGUGACCGACAGCCAUGGCCACAAUCAGCUG